AUGGGCACUGAUGAGGCUGCACUGAUGGGCACUGAUGAGGCUGCACUGGCCGGCACUGAUAGGCUGCACUAAUGGGCACUGUCAUAGCCAGCGGCGGACUGACAACUCAUGGGGCCCCCGGGCAAUAGGGGAUCAUGGGGCCCCUGUGUCCUUGCCCAAACUAAAAAAAGCCUAUGAAAAAGGUACCAGGGGCAUUUCAUGGGGCCUCCUACUGACCCAGGGCCCUCGGGCAGUGCCCGAGUUUCCAAAUGGUCAGUCCGCCCCUUCUCGUAGCGAGCCG